UCUCUCUCUCUCUCUCUCUCUCUCUCUCUCUCUCAUACAAACAGGUUAUAUAUAUUCAUCAAGAGGGUGACAACUCUAAGAAACCAACACCAACCCCUCACAACAACACACACGGAACUAACAUGGGCAGAGCUCCCUGCUGUGACAAAGCCAACGUCAAGAGAGGCCCAUGGUCUCCCGAUGAAGAUGCCACACUCAAAUCCUACAUCGACCAACACGGCACCUGUGGUAACUGGAUUGCCUUGCCACAAAAAAUAGGCCUCAAGAGAUGUGGCAAGAGUUGCCGGCUUAGAUGGUUGAAUUAUCUCCGGCCAAACAUCAAGCAUGGAGGCUUUUCAGAAGAAGAAGAUAACAUAAUCUGCAGCCUCUAUUUAAGUAUUGGAAGCAGGUGGUCUAUAAUUGCUGCGCAAUUGCCUGGACGAACUGAUAACGAUAUCAAGAACUACUGGAACACGAGACUGAAGAAGAAGCUCAUGGGAAAGCAACGGAAGGAACAGCGCACGAGUAGCAUCAAGCAUGAAAUGAAGAGAGAGAGUGAGAGUUUCGUGGUUAAUCCUCAUGAGGCCAUGAACCCAAUUCUGUACUGGCCAGAACUGCCUUUGCAUGACACAUAUUUGCAAUACCCCUUUGAUGUUUCCACCACCCAAGCCCAGCCAUGUGAUAAUUCCACUAUCACCUUUGCCUCUUCCACCUCCAUGAAUUCUGUGAAGAGCAGUAGUAGUACUUUUUCCCAGAUGCCAAACAUGUUUCAAGGAUUCAACAACUACCAGAUCGAUCUAGGAGGAAUCGUCUACGGCACCCCGCAACAAGUACUAGAUGGAUUGGAGAGUUUUUCUGGGGUGGAUCUAGAGAUGGUAAAUCUGAGUAGCACUGGAAGUGGAAUUAGCUCUGUUGAAAGUAAUAGUUGGGGGGAUAUUAACUCUCUGGUCUACUCUCCCAUGGUUCCCCAUUAUGAAGGCACAAUGCAAGGUUCAACAUGUGAAGCAAGUUACUUUGGGUUACAAUAGCUCGUGGUGGGGUGUACUAAUCAAUCUGAAUAGAUAGGGGAAUCUGUUUUAGUGCUUAAUUUACUGGCUUAUGCCCCAUGGCAAGUCAGAAUUGUUCUUCGAUUUGUUUUUUCCAUUGCAGUAUUAUCAGUCUCAUAUUGGUCCUCAGGUGUUGCAUUAGGUUCGCCCUUUUUACUUUACUUCUAACUUUUGGUUGGAACCUUUCUCCACCCCUAAUAAAAUGUUAUUUUGCCGUUCAAAAAAAA